AUGCGCGUGCGAAGGUUUGUUUGUGGUGCCGUGCACCAAACCCUGGAGUGCCUGCACCGCCUGAAUCCGGAAGCAGCCAGCCGAUGGAAUCAGUUCAGAAUUGCCGAAGUCUGUGAUGCGGAUAGCGACAUCUACGCCGAAGUGGACGUGCGGGCUUGGCCGUUGAUCUGCGAGCUUCUCUCGCUACCAUCUGAGAGGCUUGCUGGCGAGGCCCUCUGCCGACAGAUCCAGCUGCAGAUGUGCACGCAGGGCACGACGCGGCCGAUGAAGUACCAGUGGCUCUACCAGGCUGCGGAUCUUCUUGGUAGGCUCCGACUUCAGGAGCAGUUUGACGAGGUGGCCGCGAUUGAAGAGCGGGAAGGAACGCAGAUGGGAAUCUACGCAACCUUCAACGACAAGAUGCUGUCCAUCCACGAGCGCAGGGAAGUGCUGUACACGGUCCUCAAGGACGCGCCGCAGACUCUGAUCAGGAAGGUCCUGUGCAGCCUUGAUGAGGACAUCGACGAGAAUGAGCGAAAGGAAGACUACGAGCUCAGGAUGCUCCAAGACUUGUUGAUUGAUCUGGACCAGGAUAUUCGCCGAUGUGGCAAGGCCUUCUUCCGGCUGAAGCGGACAUGGAUUUCUUCCUUGGACACCAAGACGGGCGUCAUCGAAAACGAGGAGCUUACGCCGGCGCAGUUUUGUGACCACAUCGAGGACGACCCGCAGUACGAGAUCCUCUUGAGGGAUGCGACCAAUCGUCUGAUAAAGCUGAAUCGGACCUUCGAAGCGGCGAAGAUGCUGGCCAGGCCAAGGGCCCAAGAGUCGAAGGCCUGGAACAACAUCAAAGAGAGCCAGGUGCUGUACAUCCGGUCGCUGUACGAGGAGGAGAAGGAGCCAGAAGACCACUUUGGCCCUAUGGAGCUCGGCUCCUUGCUGCUCCCUGGGGGCGAAGAAGCUGUGCUGCGUGUGCCGAGCAUGCAGCACAUCGAUGGGCAGGAUUACGUCACCAACGAUGCCCUGGCCACCCUGGAGAGUGAGCUGCUGAACGGACCGCCGGUGGCGGUUGGCGUGUGGUGGCUGUGGCGAUGCUUCAAUGCCCACCUGGACCAGCACUCCCGGGCUGCCCUCUUGGCCCUGACGUACCGCCACCCGGGCCAGCGAGACCGCCUGGUGCUCGUGGACAUGAUCGCGUUGGAGCAGGCAAAGUCGGAGGACGAGCACUACCACAAGAAUGUGCUUGGCCGAAUUCUCAAUGCCCCGCACAUUCUUAAAGUUGUUCACUUCUUGGAGCGGACCGCACUCCGCGCCCUCCAGCUGGCCUUCGUCACGGAAGACGUGCGCCAAGGCCCGACCAAGCCUGAGAGCUACAUCUCCGUGACGCCCUGCGUGGACGUGGCGCUUGCCGUGUCCCAAGGGCCCAGAUGUACCAGGCUACCCAUGGCCAUCGCAAACGUUCGUGGCUUGGAUUCAGAGCUCAAGCCAUCGUCUCCCGCGCAGCGCAGCAGCAAGAGCAAGCUCCUCGCGGGGGUGCUGCGCCGCAGGGACGCCAAGGAGAAGGCCAGGAGAGUGGCUUCCCAGCGCCUAGUGCCUCCACCACCUCGCUUCACGAGAGAUUCGGUCUUCGAGGACACUCAGCCGCUGCUCCUCGUGCCCGGCGCGCAAAAGUCCGCACCUGCCAGUGGCCGGGCGCGCCAUGCCGCAGUGGACCAGGAGCUGGAGUUCCUGGUGCAGCAGAUCCGAAGCCUAUGCCACGAUCGCAAAGGCAUCCGCCAGGAGAUGGAGCAGUUGGACCAGCGCUGCCGCACUGAGGCCGUGGAGCUCCGCGCACAGCUCUCUGCCGCCCAGGCGCGCUUCGCUGCUAUGCAGCUGGAGAGCGACCGCUUGCGCCGUGAGCUCCAGGCGUGUCCUUUGGAUUCAGGUACGGCUGCUGCCGUCCAGGAGAUGCGCUUUCUGGAAACCCACGUGGACGGGCUGCGGAUGGGUUGUGGCAUGGUGGCCGAGCAUCUGGCCUCCAUGCGUGCAGAGGUUGCCAACUACCAAAGCCGGGUGGAACAGCUGUAUGCGGAGGAGCGCCGCGCGGGCGAGGAGGCGGGGGCAGCGCAGGGCCACCGAAGCGCCACAGAGGCGGAGCUGUGCCGCGUGCGCGAGGCGAUGCUGCAAUCCUUCCAGGACACGCGGGAACUCCAGCAGAAGUUUCUGGUAGCUGACCAGGAGUUCGCGGCUGUGAAGCUAGCGGCGGAGCAGAAAGCUCGCGAUGAGACAAAGUGCCUUGAGGAGCAUCUGCUUUCCGCCAAAGAAGAGGAAGCAAGCUUCGAACAGAGGGGCGAGGACACGAAGGCUCGCUUGGCUGCCCUUCGCAAAGACGAAGCUGCCGCACUGAGGGAGCUCCAGAUGAAGGAUGAGCAGCUGAACCAUCUUCGUGAGCUCUACGAGACUGAGCGGGAAGGCUCCUUCCUACGCGAAGAGCAGUUCAUGCAGAACCAGAGGAGGUCCUUGCAGGACCAGUCGGAAGAGCUGCAAAGAAGCGGCGGGCUCAUCUCCGUCGAGAUGCACGAGCGGAUCCUAAGCGAGCAGGCUGAGUUCUAUGGAAAGGCGCUGCGGGCCCUCGAUGACUUGGAGCGCAGCUGCCUGGACCGGACUCAGGAGGCCAUCCUGACAUCCUUCUGCAGCGAGCCCGACAUGUCCAGCCGCGAUGCUUCGGCGCUGCAGAAGGCGUCGCUCCGCGAGGACAUCGCGGCACUGGCCUGCGCCACGGCCACCACCGAGCAGGAUGCCGAGCUUGUGGAGGAGCAGAUCCUCAGCCUCUCCCAGGAGCUGGAGGCGUCUGCAGCACACAUUGCCAAGCUCAAGGAAGACCUUCUGGUGCAAAGGAGCUCGCGCGACACCUUGUGCAGAUCUGCCGGCUACGGCUGCAUCACCGAGGCUUCCGAUUCCGACGCCGCAGAGCUGCGGGAACUACAGGCGGCCUUAAGCUCCCAGCAUCAGCAGAUUGCCGAGCUCGAAGCAGAGACGAUCGAGGCCCAGGACGAGGAACGGCGCAUGAUGCAGAAGCUGCCUACGCUCCAAGCGCGGCUGCAAGAGUCCACGGCGCAGGCUGAGGCCGCCAGCGGCCGCCUCGGCGCGCUGCGCUGCGAGGUGGCUGAGGCCACCGCGCGCAGGAUGCAGAGGCGGGAGCAGGUGAUUUCCCUGCAGCGAAGCUGCCGGGAGCUCGUGGGCACGCAGCGGGAUGCCUUGGAGUGCCUGAGGUCACGCGCGUUGAAGAGCCUGGCGUUCGAAGCUCUCUGUGCCAACCUUACGGACCCUCCGCUGCCAGGUGCAGCUGGGGCCCAGGCGGCGGAGUGGCCCCAUGUCCAAGCGCGUGGCGAAGAGCUGAAGCUGGAGCUCCAAGGCGGCCGAGCCGCCCUGAGGGCGGCCACUGCGGCCCUGAGAGCUUUGGAGGUUGGCGCGGAGGCCGCCGAGGGUCGUGCCGGGGAGGUGCUGGAGAUCCUCCACGCCGCCCUACCUCCGGACCUCCCCGAUUCCGUCCAAGGCCUCAAGGUCCAUCUCCAGGCGGCGCAGAAGGAAUCCACGCCCAGUCAGAUCUCCGCAGUGGAGGCCGAGGUGACCGCCUGUCUGCAAGCGGCCAGGGCCGCCAAGGAGAGGGAGGCAGUUCAGGUGGCGGCCUCGAGCUUCGCUGCGCCCCUGCAGGCGCAGCGAAGGCCUCGGCCAGAGCUCUCAGCGCUGCAGGGCCGGUCGGCGACUGCAGCGGCGCAGGUGGCGGACCUUUCGGCCAGGCUCUACACCCUGGGCCGGGACAUGUGCGACGCCGACAUCGCCUCCAGCGAGCAGGUUCUACAGGCAGAGCUCCACCUUUCCGAUCUUUGUCGUCGUUUCGACGAGGCCAGGUCAGCAAAGAAGAAAGAGGCCGAGACGGCCCUCCAACUUCGGGAGGCACUCCAGGCUCAGAACUCCGCGGCGGCCGCUGCCAUAGAGGGAGCCACGGAGGAGGCCAAAGAGUCCCUCAAGCGGUCAGUUGCCGAAGCCUCCACUGAGACGAAAGCCCUGAGUGAGCUGCUCCCGUGUGAGAUAGCGAGCUUGGAGGAGGCCUGCGCUGAGCGCGUUCGCACCAGGGAGGCCCAGCUGAAGGCCGAGGCUUCACAUUGGCAGAGCCCAAAGCGUCGGAUGCUGGAGGACCUCAAGGGCCGACGGCAAGACCUCGAGGCGCAGGCGCGCGAUGCCUCGGAGACCUGGGCCGACCAAGAGAAGGCGCAGGAGGAGUUGGAGCAGGUGUUGGACAGCUUGGCUGCCGCGCGGAAGGACAUCCAAGCCAUCAAAGAGGCGCGCGGUGCCUGUGAGAAGGCGGCCGAGGGCCACCGCGAUCGUCUGUGGGACGUCGAGCAGGCGGCCACGGACACAAAGGAGCGCCGCGCGGCAGAGCUCAGGCGAGCAGAGAUGGAGCUGCAGGAGCAGUUGCGGAACAACGCUGAGCGCACCCAGGAGCUUGAGGCCAAGAUUUGUGGCGAGGAGGAGCAGCGCCAGCGCGCCUUUCAGCUGGGGGCCCAGAGCCUUUCCGCGGAGCUGGGGCCGGCGCUGGACGAGGUUCUGAAAGUGCACGCCGAGUUGGAGGCUGAGACUUGCCGCUUGCUGCGGCGCGGAAAGGAGCAGCUCUUUGCCCAAGCCGGAGCGUGA